CUGUCUUGGGUCAAUGGAGUCCCUGGGAGCUGGGGCCUCUGCCUGACGAAGAGUGUGCGUGUCAGAGACAAGCAACAGCUGACGCGUGUGAGGCAGGCGCCCGUCUGCUCUCCUUGGCUGUCGGGAGGCUCUGGGAGUUUCUUUUCACAGCUGGAGUUCCUAGGAGGAGGUCCCACUGUCUCACUGUCCCGCUGUCCCUCUGGCCUCGAGGGGACAGAGCCUAGAGCCCCGGGAGCCGAGGCUUGCUCACGCUCACGGCACAGCAGUUCCUCAUAGCUCUCAGUCUGAGCACAGGCCGGCACAGUGGCCCCAGAGCAGCCGAGGAAGCCGAUACCUGGGGAUUUUGACAUGUGGACCAGCUGGUGGCUCUGGGCCCUUGUGGCUGUCUGUGCUGCAGACUCAUUCCGGGACAGGGCCGUGAGCAUCAUGGAAGAAACGCCUGUGGUUGAUGGGCACAAUGACCUCCCCUGGCAACUGCUGAAACGAUUCAACAACCAGCUACGGGAUGAGAGAGCCAACCUGACCACACUGAUGGAGACACACACCAACAUCCCCAAGCUGAAGGCUGGCUUUGUGGGGGGCCAGUUCUGGUCUGCGUACAUGCCCUGUGACACUCAGAACCAGGACGCUGUGAAGAGGACGCUGGAGCAGAUCGAUGUGAUACACCGCAUGUGCCAGCUGUACCCGGAGACCUUCCAGUGUGUCACCAGCAGUGCAGACAUCCAGAAGGCCUUCCAGGACAAGAAGGUGGCCAGUCUGGUCGGUGUGGAGGGCGGCCACUCCAUCGACAGCAGCCUGGGAGUCCUGCGGACACUCUACCACCUGGGCAUGCGGUACCUGACCCUCACUCACAACUGCAACACUCCGUGGGCUGACAACUGGCUGGUGGACAACGGAAGUGACGAGGCCAGGAGCCAAGGGUUGUCAGACUUUGGAAAGCGUGUGGUGAAGGAAAUGAACCGCCUGGGUGUCAUGAUCGACCUGGCCCACGUGUCCGUGGCCACCAUGAAGGCCGCUCUGCAGCUGUCCAGGGCCCCGGUCAUCUUCAGCCACUCCUCAGCUUACACCCUGUGUGAGAGCAGGCGGAACGUGCCCGACGAUGUGCUUCAGCUGGUGAAGAGCACCCACAGCCUGGUGAUGGUGAACUUCUACAACGACUUUGUGUCCUGCAAAAAAGAGGCCACCCUGUCCCAAGUGGCUGACCACCUGGAUCACAUCAAGAAGGUGGCAGGUGCCGAAUCUGUGGGCCUUGGAGGAGACUUUGAUGGCGUACCAAGGCUCCCCGUGGGGCUGGAGGAUGUCUCCAAGUACCCAGACCUCAUUGCUGAGCUGCUCAGGAGAAACUGGACGGAGAUAGAGGUCAGGGGCGUGCUGUCAGGAAACCUGCUAAGGGUCUUCUCCUUAGUGGAACAGAGGAGCAAUCACACACAGGCCCCUGAUGACGUGCCCAUCCCUCUGGACCAGCUAGAGGGCUCCUGCAGGACCCAGUACGGCUAUUCAGAAGCCUCCAGCCUCCACCGCCAGCCAGGGGCCUUGCUGGCUUCCCUGGCUACACUGAUCUUUAGCCUGAGUCUUCUGUGAUACCUUGGGGACCAGAACCCACUUCAGAGCUCCUGGAGCUGAGAAAAGAUGGCCGAGCCUAGAGUCCACAGCCCCAGGACUCCACUGUCCGUGUUCAAGGCCCACCUUCUCAUGAGUAGGCACCAGGCUUGCUGGGUGGGGGGGGGGCAGACAGUUCAGGGUGAAGUAUAAUGAACCCUCAAAUAAAUGAUCCUUCGAGGUACUGAGUGUGUGUUAUGGGCACCCCAGCCACA